UCUCCGGAGCGCGGGCGAGGGAGGAGGCACCCAGAGGUGCAGCGACUUGCCCAAGCCAUGUCAGAGCCAGGCGCACAGCAGCACUUCCCCUUUUCAACCCGACUGCCCUGCCCUUUGGGGAGGGUGGAUGAAGGGAGGUUCGACUCAGAAGCCCCAACGUUGACCAAGAUUCAGACACGAAAAGAGAGAAGAGUUCCAGGCUAGCACAGCGACGCGUUCAUACCCAGACGCCCCCCUCUCCCGCUGCCUGGGCUCCCCCCACCACCGCCAGUACUCUCCCAGAUUUCUCAGUUUGUCUUUCCCUCCACCCCCUGCUUUUCCUUCCUUCUCUCUUGCUCAGCUCACGCCCACCUUAGUUCAAAGCUGAGUAGGAGCCCCACUGUUUUAGUUCCUAGAGUUAAAGCCGAAGAGGAGGGAGGCGCGAGGGGGUGUGUGCGGGGCUCUGCCCUGCCCUGAACUGCUACGGUCCGCCAGUUGCGCUUCGCUCCGCGGGUGUCCGACCCGAGCCCGAGCCUGAGCCUGGGGGCUUUACAGACAGCCUCUUCCCUUCCCACUUCCUGCAGGCGCCCCACGCGUGCGAUCCUCCUGGCCGAGACCCGCGGGAGGAGGCCGCCCCCUUCCCGGCGCACAGGCGGGGCCCCGGGCGCGCCCCGCGUCUCCCCCGCGCGCCUGGGCGCAGGAGCGGGCGCCGCGCACUCGUCGCCUAGGCCGGGAGGGCGGGCUUGGCUCCCCGGAAGAGGGGAGUGGGAAGGCGGCCAAAGAAGCUGAAGGGGCGGGCCGGGCCGGCCUGGGAGGCGACGAGGAGGGGGCGGGCCGGGCUGCGCUCGCUUCAGCCGCGGCUCUAGAGCAGCGGGCGGCGAGACCCGGGACCCAGCUGGGCGACGGCGAUCGCGACGCGGACCCCCAGGGUCUCCCGGUGCCCCACCUCUGGAGCAGCCCCUGCCGCCGACCUCAGGUCCACCCCGGAAUCCCAGGGACUCGCGGAGCCGAACAGACUUGGGCCGGGUGCAACGGGGUCCCCGGACUGGAGAAGACGCGGGUGGCACCGUGCGAACUCGAGGAGCCCAGCUGCCCUGCGAGGCCUCCGGGGGCGCAGACCUCCAGAGAUUGCGGCCAACGGGAAGAAAUAAAGGGAUUAUAGUGCUCUAGUCCACCCAAUUCACAGACUUCUGAGACUCAGACACGAGGAGAGAUAGAGAACCCCCAAUCUCUAGAUCAACAAGCAAAGGAGGUGCCAAGCCUGUUUGUCUUCACUGUGACACUGGAGGGUGGCUGUUGGAGGAAGGGAGGAGAGUAAAUGAAGAGAAAGAACUGGAAUAACCCCUUACAGGAAGAAAAAAAAAAAAAAAAGGAACACGCUUAGCUGUACACGCUGAGAGUCUUGCCAAAGCUGCAGCCCCACCCAGGAGCAGGGUGGUGGCUGGGGCGAUGGUGGACGCCCUGAAGAUGCCCCAUGGCUACUGAAGGGGCUGCUCAGUUAGUGAACAGAGUGGCGGGCAUGGUUUGUAGCCUAUGGGUGCUGCUCCUGGUGUCUUCAGUUCUGGCUCUGGAAGAGGUAUUGCUGGACACCACCGGAGAGACAUCUGAGAUUGGCUGGCUCACCUACCCACCAGGGGGGUGGGAUGAGGUGAGUGUUCUGGACGACCAGCGACGACUGACUCGGACCUUUGAGGCAUGUCAUGUGGCAGGGGCCCCUCCAGGCACCGGGCAGGACAAUUGGUUGCAGACACACUUUGUGGAGCGGCGCGGGGCCCAGAGGGCACACAUUCGACUCCACUUCUCUGUGCGGGCGUGCUCCAGCCUGGGCGUGAGCGGCGGCACCUGCCGGGAGACCUUCACCCUUUACUACCGCCAGGCUGAGGAGCCCGACAGCCCUGACAGCGUUUCCUCCUGGCACCUCAAACGCUGGACCAAGGUGGACACCAUUGCAGCAGACGAGAGCUUUCCCUCCUCUUCCUCCUCUUCUUCCUCUGCAGCGUGGGCUGUGGGACCCCACAGGGCUGGGCAGCGGGCUGGACUGCAGCUGAACGUCAAAGAGCGGAGCUUUGGGCCUCUCACCCAACGUGGCUUCUACGUGGCCUUCCAGGACACGGGGGCCUGCCUGGCCCUGGUAGCUGUCAGGCUCUUCUCCUACACCUGCCCUGCCGUGCUCCGAUCCUUUGCCUCCUUUCCAGAGACGCAGGCCAGUGGGGCUGGGGGGGCCUCCCUGGUGGCAGCUGUGGGCACCUGUGUGGCUCAUGCAGAGCCAGAGGAGGAUGGAGGGGGCCAGGCAGGAGGCAGCCCCCCGAGGCUGCACUGCAACGGGGAGGGCAAGUGGAUGGUAGCUGUCGGGGGCUGCCUGUGCCAGCCUGGAUACCAACCAGCACGAGGAGACAAGGCCUGCCAAGCCUGCCCACGGGGGCUCUAUAAGGCUUCUGCUGGGAACGUUCCCUGCUCACCAUGCCCUGCCCGCAGCCACGCUCCCAAUCCAGCAGCUCCCAUUUGCCCCUGCCUAGAGGGCUUCUACCGGGCCAGUUCCGACCCACCAGAGGCCCCCUGCACUGGUCCUCCAUCGGCUCCCCAGGAGCUUUGGUUUGAGGUGCAAGGCUCAGCACUCAUGCUACACUGGCGCCUGCCUCGGGAGCUGGGGGGUCGAGGGGACCUGCUCUUCAACGUCGUGUGCAAGGAGUGUGAAGGCCGCCAGGAGCCUGCCAGCGGUGGUGGGGGCACUUGUCGCCGCUGCAGGGAUGAGGUCCACUUUGACCCUCGCCAGAGAGGCCUGACUGAGAGUCGAGUGUUAGUGGGGGGCCUCCGAGCACAUGUACCCUAUAUCUUAGAGGUGCAGGCUGUCAAUGGGGUGUCUGAGCUCAGCCCUGACCCUCCUCAGGCUGCAGCUAUCAAUGUCAGCACCAGCCAUGAAGUGCCCUCUGCAGUCCCUGUGGUACACCAGGUGAGCCGGGCAUCCAACAGCAUCACAGUGUCCUGGCCGCAGCCCGACCAGACCAAUGGGAACAUCCUGGACUAUCAGCUCCGCUACUAUGACCAGGCAGAAGACGAAUCCCACUCCUUCACCCUGACCAGCGAGACCAACACUGCCACCGUGACACAGCUGAGCCCUGGCCACAUCUAUGGUUUCCAGGUGCGGGCCCGGACUGCUGCCGGCCACGGCCCCUAUGGGGGCAAAGUCUAUUUCCAGACGCUUCCUCAAGGGGAGCUGUCCUCCCAGCUUCCGGAGAGACUCUCCUUGGUGAUUGGCUCCAUCCUGGGGGCCUUGGCCUUCCUCCUGCUAGCAGCCAUCACCGUGCUGGCGGUCAUCUUCCAACGGAAGCGGCGUGGAACUGGCUAUACAGAGCAGCUGCAGCAAUACAGCAGCCCAGGACUUGGGGUGAAGUAUUACAUUGACCCCUCCACCUACGAGGACCCCUGCCAGGCCAUCCGAGAACUUGCCCGGGAGAUCGAUCCUGCCUAUAUCAAGAUUGAGGAGGUCAUUGGGACAGGCUCUUUUGGUGAAGUGCGCCGGGGCCGCCUGCAGCCACGGGGACGGAGGGAGCAGACUGUGGCCAUCCAGGCCCUGUGGGCUGGGGGCGCCGAAAGCCUGCAGAUGACCUUCCUGGGCCGGGCUGCGGUGCUGGGUCAGUUCCAGCACCCCAACAUCCUGCGGCUGGAGGGUGUGGUCACCAAGAGCCGACCCCUCAUGGUGUUGACGGAGUUCAUGGAGCUUGGCCCCCUGGACAGCUUCCUCAGGCAGCGGGAGGGCCAGUUCAGCAGCCUGCAGCUGGUGGCCAUGCAGCGGGGAGUGGCUGCUGCGAUGCAGUACCUGUCCAGCUUUGCUUUCGUCCAUCGCUCGCUCUCUGCCCACAGCGUGCUGGUAAAUAGCCACUUGGUGUGCAAGGUGGCCCGUCUUGGCCACAGUCCUCAGGGCCCAAGUUGUUUGCUUCGCUGGGCAGCCCCAGAGGUCAUUGCACAUGGAAAGCAUACAGCAUCCAGUGAUGUCUGGAGCUUUGGGAUACUCAUGUGGGAAGUGAUGAGUUAUGGAGAACGGCCUUACUGGGACAUGAGUGAACAGGAGGUACUAAAUGCAAUAGAGCAGGAGUUCCGGCUGCCCCCACCUCCAGGCUGUCCUCCUGGAUUACAUCUACUUAUGUUGGACACUUGGCAGAAGGAUCGUGCCCGGCGGCCUCAUUUUGACCAGCUGGUGGCUGCAUUUGAUAAGAUGAUCCGCAAGCCGGAUACUCUGCAGGCUGGCGGAGACCCAGGGGAAAGGCCUUCCCAGGCCCUUCUGACCCCUGUGGCCCUGGACUUUCCUUGUCUGGACUCACCCCAGGCCUGGCUUUCAGCCAUUGGACUGGAGUGCUACCAGGACAACUUCUCCAAGUUUGGCCUCUGUACCUUCAGUGAUGUGGCUCAGCUCAGCCUGGAAGACCUGCCUGCCCUGGGCAUCACCCUGGCUGGCCACCAGAAGAAGCUACUGCACCACCUCCAGCUCCUUCAGCAACAUCUGAGGCAGCAGGGCUCAGUGGAGGUCUGAGGCCACGGCAGCGUGCCAGGAAAUGACGAUGCCCAUGACUCAGCCCUGGACACUGGUCCGAGAAGGGACAUGUGGGAUGUGAGCCGGGGUCCAACGGCCUCUGUGAGAGAUGCCCCACAGCAAACCCAACACUCCCGAUGGCUGCAUUCCCUGGUCCUCCGCCUCUCCACCAGCCCCCUCCUCAUUAAAGGGAAAGAAGGGAAUUUGCAA